CACUACAGUUCAGAGACCCCACACGCACAGCAUCGAUAAAUAGAGCAGUCAGAGACGCCAAACACACAACAUCCUCCUUCAUCCUCAACAACACACUCUCAUCUGAAUCAUGAGGGUGGUGAACCUGGGUCCGGAUCCCUCUCUGGCAUAUCGCCCUGAUAGUCAUGAGAAAGACCAAUCAGAAUUCAGGAACUUUGAGAGUGGAGCUCUCUUUGACCGUGUGUUUAAUACAUACAAGCUGAUGCACACAUACCAAACGCUGGACUUUGUCAAACAGAAGCACCUGGAAUGGGCGAACUGCAAUCACUUCAGCAUGAGAAUGAUGGAGAACAUUGAUUCCCUGGACGAGCUUGUUGAUGAAUCCGACCCUGACGUUGACUUCCCAAAUUCUUUCCAUGCCUUCCAGACCGCUGAGGGAAUCCGCAAAGAGCAUCCUGAUAAAGAUUGGUUCCAGCUAGUCGGUCUGAUCCAUGACAUAGGAAAAAUCAUGGCCCUGUAUGGGGAGCCACAGUGGGCUGUAGUUGGAGAUACAUUCCCAGUUGGAUGCAAGUUUCAGAAUUCAAUCGUGUUCAGAAACUCAACAUUUGAAGGCAAUCCGGGGAAGAACCCUGCACUCAACACAGAAUUUGGGAUUUAUGAACCACAAUGCGGACUUGAUAACGUCUUGAUGUCUUGGGGACAUGAUGAGUAUCUAUACCGGGUAAUGAAGUUCAACAAAUGCACCAUCCCUGAGGAGGGUCUUUACAUGAUCCGCUUCCACUCCUUCUACCCCUGGCACUCAAACGGAGACUACAUGCACUUAUGCAACGAGAAAGACCUGCAGAUGCUGCCCUGGGUCAAAGAGUUUAACAAGUUUGAUUUGUACACCAAGAGCACUGAACUACCGGACGUGGAGAGUCUGAGGCCGUAUUAUCAGUCUCUCAUUGAUAAGUACUGCCCCGGGAUACUGCGCUGGUGAACGUGUACUAGAAUUCUACGAAAUUUAAAACAUGAAUGACACUUCAAAUCAUGUAUAGUUAUAGUUUUUGCUCUGUGGGCACUAAAAAUGGGUGACUUUAGCCAAUUAGAAACCACCUAACAUUUUGGCCUCAGAAAAUGAAAUAAAAUUAAAGUAAAAUAAAAUGAUAAAAGUGAACAAGGUAUGCAUAAAAUAAGUUUGAUGUACUUGAUAUAACUGAAAUAUUAAUAUCUAACACUUUAUCCUAUAGUUUCAUUGUUAAUGCUAUAUUAAGAUUAAAUCUAAAAGCUAAAAUGAAUUUUACUUUAAAAUGUACAUUUCUU